GUAGAGCCUCUGUCUGUCUCUCUCUCUCUCUCUCCAGCAUUGCAAGCUCUAGUGAAUUUCUGAAGUCUCAAUUUCUAGUUUCUCGCAGCUGAACCACCCUCAGACGGUCAAAUAAUUUGUGUUUUGCAGAGAAGAAAGAUCAAACGAUGCCCUGCUACAGGACCUGCGAGUUCAACAGGAGCAAUAAACAAAAUCAGAAAGGUAUAGAACUGAGCAAAUAUUGGGAAAUAUGGGAUUUGAGGAUUCUAGCUCUCUACAUCCUUGUUUCUCAGUUAUACCUUCAUUUCUUUGGACGACGCCGCACAAAGACUAAGUCAGCGGCGAUAAUGAUUGGGAGCAUCUCGUUACUCUACGUACUCUCUGAUUUGUUGGCUACAACUGCUCUUGGAAAGCUCUCCAAGCUCGCUGUCAACAAGAACUCCAAAGCAACCGACAGUUCUUCCAACACGACAACGGCCAAUACCCACAAGAUCCCGAUGGGCAAUUUCACCAUUGGCAAUGCCACCAUGGGCGACCAGAUGCUCAGGGUGAUGUGGGGGCCUCUGAUCUUGUUCUACCUCGGAGGUCCCGAUACCAUCACCGUCUUAAGCCUUCAGGAAAAUCAGCUGUGGAUGAAACACCUUAUAGGACUCUUUACCCUAGGCUUUAGAGCAGUUUAUGCCCUGAUAGCAACCUGGUCGUAUUUCCCACAAAAGAAACUCUGGAAGGGCAAACCCUGGUCCAUAGAGGGGCUCAUCUCUCUUCUGGCACUGUUGAUUUUGAUUCCCGGACUUAUCAAGUACGGAGAGAGAGUGUGGAUAAUCUAUUCAAGAAACAAGUACUACGGAGGUUUCGUUCGAUUAAAUCCAAGCCAAGUUAGAGUCAGUGAUUCACACCCGAAUGCAAGGCGAGUGCUUCUAGCUUAUUUUUGUAUCCAGACCUUAAUGCCUCAUUGUCCAGAUUACCUGUGUGAUGGGAGAAGAGUGAGAGAUUUGGUAAGAAACUUCCUCAAGUCGGUUAGGAAGGAUAGUUUCGAUGCUUUCAAAUUGAUUGAGAUUGAGUUGGGUUUGAUAUAUGACAUGCUCUUCAGCAAGGUGGGCACGAUUUUCACCCUAUGGGGAAGCAUUCUGAGAUUUCUUAGCUUGUCUUUGAUUGUUUCUGGGCUUUUGGUAUUCUUGAAGAGUGAUAAGCCCCCUCCCAGUCCCGGGCGUGUUUUCGAAGGUGAUGAUGUGAUUACCAUCAUUCUGAUAGCUGGAGCCAUUUUUCUAGAGAUAGCUGGUAUUGUCGUGCAACUUUUUUCGGAUUGGGCCUUGGUUUGGGCGUGUAGUGAUCGAAUUAAAUGGGCCACUCCGCUUCUCUCUCUUCACGAAGUUCUAUUCUCUAAGAGUAAGAGAUGGCCUGAGGCAAUCGGGCAGCUCAGUCUCCUGGAUUUCUGCACAAAGUAUGACCCUAAUGCGUGCACCCGCUGCUUGAAAGUCUGCUUCGUAACGUGCUUGGGCAAUACGGCGGGGGAGUAUCUUUAUGGCAUGGGUGAAGCGUUGAAGGGAUACAAGGAAGAGAAGAGUCUAGUCCCGAAUGUGAAAAAACUAAUCAUCAGUUACCUUCGCGAGAAAUACAAUCCGUCCCAGACUUCAACUCAGAAAAUUGCAGAAGUUGAUAAUUCAAAGACUUCAACUGAAGAAAUUGGUGGUAGUGAUAGUGUUGCAGAUGAUGGUAAGUUGUCGACUUCAGGAGUGACAAGAGGUGAGUGGACCCUUAAAAAAUAUGAUGAGCGACUAAAGUCCUGGAGUAUUGAACUACAAUUCCAUAAAAGUAUUGUCAUCUGGCACGUUGCUACCGAGGUUUUCUACGGGUUGGAUCAUGGUAGGGAUACCGUGAAUCGGAAAGCGGUCAAAAUGCUUUCUGAUUACAUGGUGUAUUUGCUUGUUGAGUGUCCUACUAAGUUUCCCUUUUGCAAUAAAUACGACACUUUUGGGAAGGAUUAUGGUCAUUUGAAGGAACUUUUCAAUAGAGAAGUACCGUCUGGACAGAGACGGAUUGAGAAUGAGGGCGACAUUAGCUAUAUUGCAAACGAGGCACACAACCUUGUGCAACACAUGAAAUCGCACGAGCCUCCGGAGAGGUGGGCUAUUUUGGAAAGUAUUUGGGCGGAGAUGUUGUGCUACGCCGCUUGGAGGUGCCGAGUGAAGCACCACAUUGAAGGGCUUCGACAUGGGGGGGAGUUUAUCACUCGUGUCUGGCUUCUGCAGAUGCACUGUGACAGGACGCUGAGGUUGAGUAGCUAUAGCUUGGGCACUGAAUUGGAUGACAUAACAAGAAAAAUCAGUGAGAAAGGGUGCGACUGCUCCUGUUUUGGAAGUACAACUACUUAAAGCAGAACGCGGCCAAGGGUUCCCCUGUUGGCUUGAUUUGAUAUUCCUGCCGCGAGAUUCUAUCUUCAUGCAACAUAUCCAGUUACGGAUUGCUCGUGAAGUGUUUUUGUUUUCAGGAAACGCUUGUUUGAUCUUCUGUUGUAAAAUUUCAGAACCAGUUUGCACUAUUAUGUCUGAAUGCGUACUGUGUGUAAUAUUAAUGUUGUGUAAUUGCUCAACUGAGUGUCGUAAUAAUAUUUCAGUUGUGGGUGGUAUGGAUGAUUGAAAUUUGAAUGAAGAGAAUUUGUAUAUGUAAA